AUGGAUUCCGACGACACUAUUCAGCAAUUAGGUAAUAAUGUUGGAGACAAGGUUUUGCUGGAGUCGGUGCCCGCUUCCUGUGAUGGGGCUCCUGUGCUUGAGGAGAUCCGGGUUGAGAUUGACACCUCGGCCCCCAUCGAGUCCGUCAAGCAGGCCGCUUCUCGCUUCGGCGGCAUGGGAUUCUGGCGACCCAAUUUCAAGCCCCAAAAUCCACCGGACAACAUUGAAGCAACAGAAAUUGCAGAAUUGGAGGAACAAGCUGCCCAGUUGGAAAAGGACCUCGUGGCUAAAGAAAGAGAAACACUUGAUGUCUUAAAAGAACUCGAGAAUACGAAAAUGGUGGUGGAGGAGCUAAAGGCACAUUUGCAGAAAGAAGGUUCUGAAGUAUACCUCGAUGAAGCUGCUCUGGGUUAUAAGGAUGAUGAUGUCGAUGCGAUUGAUAAUAAUACUGGUGCUGGUGGUUUCAAUGUUUGCCUGCCCUCAUCGGCUCCUGGCUACAUAUUGUUGGAGCUGAAACAGGCAAAGUUGAACCUAACUAAAACCACAGAUAGCCUUGCUGCGAUUCGUGCCUCAGUCGAAUCAUAUAAUAGAAAGAUCGAGAAAGAGAGGAUCUCGCUUGAGAAGACUCGCCAGCGGCUUUCAUCCAGUGUCGUGAAAGUUUCAAAUCUGGAAACAGAGCUGAACCAGACCAAAGACAAACUGGAGCUGAUAAAAGGUGGUCCUGGUGAUGAUGAUUUAGCGAAGGAAUUGCAGAGGUUGAGUGCCGAGACUGAGGGAUUUAAGAAAGUUGGCGAAGCCGCAAGGGCAGAAGUUUCGAGGGCAGUUUCAGAGAUUGAACAGGCGAAGAUUCGGAUCAAGACCACAGAGAUUAGGUUAGUGGCUGCAAAGAAAAUGAAAGAAGCGGCUAGGGCAGCCGAGGCUGUUGCUCUUGCUGAGAUUAAGGCAAUGUCGAACAGCACGGAUAACCCUGAAGUCGUGACUAUUGGCUUUGAUGAGUACUCAAGUCUUGUGUCCCGAGCUCAGGAAGCUGAGGCGGCUCAAGAGAGUAAGUUAGCUGAUGUGAUGGCUCAAGUGGAUGAAGCUAAUGUGUCGAAAGAUGCAAUAUUGAAGAAAGUAGAAGAAGCUACAGAAGAAGUGAAGAGUAGCAAGAGGGCGUUGGAAGAAGCAUUGAGCAGAGUGGAGAAUGCUAAUAGAGGCAAAUUGGCUGUCGAAGAGGCGUUGCGAAAGUGGAGAUCAGAACGAGGGCAGAAAAGGCGCCCGGGCAGUGCCACACAAAAUACGACGAAGUUCAAGAAAGAUUCUUCGCGGCUGCAGAUUGUGAAUGAUGAUCUGAGCUUGGCUAAUGAGGAGGAGCUGCUAAAAACAGUUCCAGCUGUAAAGCCAACAAUUUCCAUAGGGCAAAUACUGAGCAGGAAGCUGCUGUUGACGGAAGAAUUUGGAAAGGGGGGCGCAAUGAAAAACAGCGGUAGUAUUGGGAAGCGUAAAGUGUCGUUAGCCCAAAUGCUAGGAAAGCACUAUGCAGCUGCACCCGGUGCAGGUGGAGGCGCUGAAAAUGCAAAACAGCAGCAACAAAUCCCGGCGGCAAAGAGGAAGAAGUUUGGGCUUGCUAGGAUAUCAUUACUGGCAGGCAGAGUUCCAGACGCCUCUCUCCCUCUCUCUGUCUCAAUCAAUCUAAUAAGAUUCCUCAGAAUGUAUUUCAGAGUUCUUGUGUUCGUUGCUCUUCUGAGCAUUAACUGCUGCGUCACUGCUUCAAAUUUGGAGACCACUAAUUUCAUUCCCACCCAUAGCCGCAUUGCUUCAGCGUUGCACAAUUAUGACCAGCUGACACUGCCAGAUAGGGAAGCUCAAUCUGCUUCUGAACUCAGUAAAAAUGACCAAGUGUGUGUAAUGUGUGAACAGUUCACUGAGCAGGCUGUUACUUAUCUAGCAAACAACAAAACCCAGAAAGAAAUCAUUCAGAUGCUUCACAAGAGUUGCUCUAAGAUCCGUAAUUUCAAAAAGCAGUGCAUCACUUUGGUGGACUAUUAUGCACCUCUCUUCUUUAUGGAGGUUUCCAGUAUACAACCCCAGGAUUUCUGCGAAAAGGUUGACCUUUGUGAGAAAAUUGUAUUAAUCUCCCAACAGCUUUCUAAGAAUAGCUGUGAUUUGUGCCAUAACGUUGUUACGGAGGCCGUACUGAAAUUAAAAGAUCCCGAUACUCAGUUGGAGAUAAUCGAGGUGCUUCUGAAGGCAUGCGAUUCUGUGCAGGGCUAUGUGAAGAAGUGUAAGAGAUUGGUGUUUGAAUAUGCACCUGUGAUCCUCAUUAACGCAGAGGAAUUUCUGGAGACCAAAGAUAUAUGUUCCCUCCUGCACGCUUGUGAUGCAGAAGCAUUGGCCAGCGCCGAAGCUGAAACUGAAACAUCAUCGCUCCACGCUGCAUCUUGA